AUGUAUGAGGCCCAAGUGCUGUUGAAUGGCGCUCGCACAGCCGGCCUGGCUCUGAAGAAAGAACGGGAUGAGCUUCAGGUAAAGCGCAACCAGGUGGCGGCCGAAUUGGAACAGUCAAAGAAGAUUGUGGCGGCGCUGAUGAAAGAGAGGGAUGACCUGCGUGUUGCGGCGGUCGAGGAUCGAGAGAUAAGAGAAGAAAUGACUGAAGCCAUAGUCGUGGAGCACACUAGAGGUUUCAAGAAAGCACUGAGGCAGGUCGCGUAUCUUCUCCAAGUAUCUACCGAGGGAGUGGCAUUUGACGUGCGGAAGGAUGUAUAUGAGGGUCAAAUGCUACCCUUAAGUGAGAUUCCGGAAGACGCUUUCUUGGAGGCUGAAGACGGUGUUAAUGAUGAAACGGCUGCUGUUGAAGAACCCAAUGAAGUGGCCGCUGCGGAGGAACCAAUUGUUGGAGCUGCUGGAGAAUCCUGUGUCGGAUCUCCAAACAUUGUAAUAGAUUAG